AUGAUCUAUUUAAAAAAAGAAGAUAAAAAUAAUAUUAAUGAAGCAUAUAUUGAAAAAAGAAGAAAAGUAGUAGAAGAAAAUAAAACUCCAAAAGUCCAAAAUAUUGUAAAAAUAAAUCCUCUACAAGAUCCAAGAUUUCAUAAACCAACAAUCAGUAAAAAUGUACAAAAAUAUUUAAUUGUUGAAAACUUACAACAAACUAAAGCAAAUAUCUCUAUUGCCCAACUUGCUGCUGAAAAUCCUAAAUAUCUAAGAGAACUUAGUAAAAGUCUUCGAAAGAAAAAGAUUAAACCUGCUCCUGAAUCUAUGGUUACUGCUCAAUAUACUGAUGAUAGAAAAUUUAGAACUAUAGCAUUAUAUUGUCAAGCCAAUAUUAAUAGAGUUAUUACCAAUAUUAUUCUUGAUAGUAGUUCUGCUAAAAGUAUUAUCUCUAAUUAUUUUCUCAAACGUAUUGGUCUAAAAAUCACAAAACCAUCAACAACCUUAAUGUUAAAUAUAAAUAGUGAAAAGAGAAAAUCUCUUGGAGAACUCUAA